UCUUCUUCUUCAGCAGCAGCAGCAUCAACGCAGACAGCGACGCGGAACCCCGCAGCGCUCUCGAGUGCCUCGCCACGAGGGAACCAGACGUCGCGAAACCAGCACAGAAACUCGCGCAAGUCGACGCCGCGGAAUUCAAAGCCUACCAUCAAUAUGUCCGACGGCGGACGUUUCGUGGACUCUGAGUCUGCUCUUACCGAACAGUUGUUGCUGUCAACGCCGACCCGCGGCCGACGCAACCAAGUCUCGAUAUCGCACCUUCUCAACUUCUCGCUCCCGCCGCGCGACUCCCCCCGUCGCCCGCCCCCCACAUCCACCCCCUCAUGGCAACACCGCAACAACUCCGCGGCCGACAAAGCGCGGUUCGUCAACGCGAACUUCCGCUUCGUCGUCCACCCGAGCGGCGACUACCGCGCGCAGGCGCUCGACCCGGACGUCGUCGUGCCUUGGCAUCUUAUCUUGCAGGUUCUUGUUUCGAAACAUAGGCAGCAUGCAAAUUGCCCGAUCUGCUUGUCUGAGAACCCGGUCGCGCCGCGGAUGAUGCGCUGCGGCCAUAUUUUCUGUCUGCCGUGUCUCAUGCGCAUGCUCGCGUCCGAUAUGUCGGCUGAUGACUCGCAGUCGCAGUCGCAGUCGCAGACGUAUCAGCACACGCCCGCGCCUCGAAAACGAAACAUCUGCCCUAUCUGCCUCGACAGUGUCUCGCUAAGCGACGCGCGCCCCGUGAAAUGGAUCGAGCACCCCGGCGCCGGCGACGCGUCGAGCGUGCCUGUCGCGGGCCGUGACGUGGUUCUCCGGCUCGUGAUGCGCAAGCCCGGCUCGAUUCUGGCAUUGCCGCGCGACGGCGGCGAGAGACCCGCGAACACGUCUGAGAUCCCAUGGUAUUUCGCCGCGGAGGUGAUGCAUUACGCGCGGCUGAUGAAGGGCACGGAGGAGUACAUUGCGGACGAGUUUGCGCGGGAGGUGCGCGAGCUCGAGGUGCAGGAGCAGCAGGACGAGGCUGAGUUUCGGAGCGCGAGUAAUAGUAAUACUGCCGAGGAGGAGGAUGACGCGGAGUGGAAUCAUCGCGCGAUCGAGCGGAUUUUCGAUACGAUGGAGGUUAUGCAGGGGAUGGGUAACGCGCCUCGACAACAGCAGCAGCAGCAGGGUGAGUCUACGGGAGGGGGAGGGAGUAGGAGCAGCCGGCGGCGGCACAAGAAAGACCGGGACGAGAGCGCGGCGGGUAGUAGUCGCGGCGGGAGCAGCAACAGCAGAAGUCGGAGCACGAGCAUGAGCGCCGGCGGCGGGAGUGGAGGCGCGACGGACGCGCCGUAUUACUUUUACCAGCCGCGGGACGCGUCGAAUUGUUUUCUUUCCGCGCUUGAUAUUCGGAUUCUAAAGACGGCGUUUGGAUCGUUUGCGUUGUUCCCGUCGACGGUGCUGGUGCGGGUGGAGAGGAUAGUGACGGACCAGGUUGUGGACGAGGAGUUGAAGAAGCGGACAAAGUACCUCGCGCAUCUACCUACAGGGUGCCAGUACAGCAUCCUGGAGUGCGACUGGACGGACGUGGUCAAGCCCGAGAUUCUGCUGCAGUUCAAGGAGGAUCUGGAUAAGCGGCGCAAGCAGCGGCUCGACAAGGACGCGAGGGAGGAGCGCGCGCGGGUGAAGGCGCUCAAGGAGGAGGAGGAGAUGAAGUAUCGCACGCACGGUCCGUCUGCAGUUCGCUCGGCGCGGGUGAAUAACAGCUACAGCAGCAGCAGCACGUCGCUGCUCUCGGCGUCGCUUGCGGCGGAGGCGGAGAACGAUCCGGAGCUGUCGGAAGCGCUGCGGCGGUCGGUGAUCGAGGCGUCGCUGAUGGGGUACGACGGGGGUGCAGAGGCGCGGGAGAGUAGUAGUUUGCCUAGUAGCGAUAGCGCUGCGUGGCCUGCGCUGGGGACGUCUACGGGGAGCGAGUCUGCGCCGUACUCGAUGUCUGCGUCGCCGCGCGCAGCAACGGCGGCAGAAGGCGGGGGUAAGACUACGGUGUGGGGAACGCCGGCGGUGGCGUUUUCGCGGGUGGGGAAGGAGAUGGGGGUUGAGAAGGAGGAGUGGGAGGAGGAGGAGUGGGAUGGAUGGGCGGAGGUGUUGGCGGAGAGGGAGAGGGAGAGGGGGAGGGAGAGUGAGGCGGGGAUGGUUUCGAAUAUGGAUGGGGUGAAGGAUGAGGAGGGGUGGGGUGAAGCGGCUGCGUCGUCGUCGUCGAAGAAGAAGAAGCAGAAGAAGAAGCUGGUGCUGAUGUCUACAGGUGGUCAAUGGCGGCAGUAGUUCUUCUUGUAAUUGAAAUGUUCU